AUGUCCGUAAACCAGGUUCCCUUGACAAAAGUCCUCAUCUCAGGGGGAACUGGCUUUGUGGGCGCAGCCACCGUCCGAGCACUGGCAGAGGCCCAUCCAGAAUGUGCCAUCACCAUUAUAGACCUGCAGCCCCCUGGCCCCACGCAUGUAGUGCCGGGUGGAAUCACCUUCUUACAGGUCGAUGUCACCAACUUAAAUGAAGUCCGCAGAGCCUUUGAGCAGGCCAAACCGGACCUCGUCAUCCACACAGCAGGCAUCAUCCCGCCGCUCAGCGAACGCUUCGGAAGAAGACUGGAAAAACAUGCUUGGAGGGUUAAUGUCCAAGGGACAAGGAAUAUGCUGGAUGCGGCCAAAGAGGCCAACGCAGAGGGUUUCAUCUACACUAGCAGCUGCUGCGUGGUGGUUGAUUGCUUGGGUUUCCCAUACCACAACAUCGACGAGCGAUGGCCCAUCCCCGCUUCCUCCCUCAUCUACGAAGCAAUGGUUCUCCAGGAAUCGAGCGGCACGAUGGCCACCUGUUCGCUCCGUCCAUCCGUCCUGUGCGGGCCUGGUGACCAUCAGUUGCUGCCUCCGAUCCAUGCAUGCAUCGCCAAGUACGAGACCCCUUUUGUCAUUGGAAAUGGCUCCAAUCUAUGGGACGUGACGUAUGUCACCAAUGUCGCGGACGCCCAUGUCCUGGCAGCCCAGAACCUGAUGUCGUCGAAAACCGCCGCCGGUGAGGCUUUCUUCAUCCAGAACAACGAGCCCAUCACCUUUCGGGACUUCUGCCUGGCGAUAUGGGCUCACUUUGGGCACACGCCGCCCUUUGAGGUCCACAUCCCCAUGUUCCUGCUGUACCUGGUUGGUUGGCUGUGUGAAUGGCUGACCUGGUUGUUUGGCACGUCGACGACUCUGAGCCGCGGCAGUGUCCGCGAUGCAUGCUCGAUCCGGUACGCCAGCGGGGAAAAGGCGAGACGGAUACUAGGCUACCAGGCUCGUGUUGGAAUCGACGAAGGCAUUCGGCUGAGCUGUGAGGAUUAUGCCCGUCGCAUGGGAGUUGAGCUCCCACCGAAGGCAACACGCCCGAAAGAGGAAUGAUACUGGAAUGACCAAGGUUGCUGAGAUCCCGUCAUGCCCCGAUAUUGUCGUUCGUCCGUCUUAGGAAUGGGUUACACUGCCACGGCAUCAUGAACGGUCUUGUGCUCAUGUCGAUGACGGAUCAAUCUCAGCGUCGAAUCCGCUGUCCGCUGUCCCAUCGUUGCACUGCCCAUUGGGCUGAAACAACUUACGCCAUAUCCUUUGUCCUAUGUUACACUGGUUCAGCUACGACUGCGUUUCCUUAUCCAGGCGCCCAUCACGGGAUUAUCAGGUAACAAUAUCACUGAUAUGGGAUGUCCAAGUUCCGACAUUCUCGCUAUACAGAUCUGUACUCUGGAGUGGAUCAGUGGUGACUAAGUAAAUGUUUUAAGUUUUAUUUAUUUAUUUUUAUCCCGCUUCUAGUGCUCUCUCUGUUCCGUUCUUUCCG